UAGAAGCGGAUUAGAGCAGGACUGACCUGUCGUUCUACGGAGACCAAAAGAAAUGUUUAAUUUCUCUUUCACUUGUAGUUUCUCUAGCAGGUAAUGUGUUGGGGUUUUUUGUGCUUAACAUUUCCCGCGACCUGCAGUGUUGUCGGUAGUCGUUAGCUUCAUUUGCUCAUUCAUUUGUUGCCUUAUCCGCUUUCACCGACAGCACUUCCUCAUAGAAAACCAUGGCUGGUCCUGUGGCUCCUGAAGAGCAGAAAUUCUGUUUACAGGAGGUCCUCGACACUUUCAAGUUGUGUUUGUCGGAAAAUAAAGACGUCUAUCUUGAGCACUACAUCGCUGGGUGGCGUGGUCUUGUAAAGUUUCUGAACAGCUUGGGGAGUGUCUUUGGCUUCAUCUCCAUGGACGCUGUCAACAAGCUCAAGAUCCUGGUGGCCUACCUGGAGGGUGAGAACGGCUCUCAGUACGUCACUAUCCAGUCAAUGCUUAAAUAUGAGCUGGACAACGGACUAGUGGACCUGACCAAGAAAGCCAGUAAUCCAGAAUCAGGCUGCCGUACUCUCCUGAGGCUCCACCGUGCACUGAGGUGGCUGGAGCUCUUCCUGGAGCGCCUCCGCACCAGCAGUGAGGACAGCAAGACGUCUGUCAUGUGUGCGGAGGCCUACAAUGAGUCUCUUGCCCAGCACCACCCAUGGGUGAUCCGCAAGGCUGCCGGGAUGGCGUUCUGCGUGCUCCCAGGGCGUCUCGCUUUCUUUGAGGUGAUGAAUGUGGGCCCUCCGGAGCAGGUCGUCGCCAUGCUCGGGGAAGCUAUACCUCUUAUCUCGGAGGUGUACCAGAUCACAGAGGAACUCUACGCUCAACAUAACCUGCUGGAGUUACCGUAGAGAGCAACAAGUGCUGUUAUUUACAUUCACAUGAUUAAAUAUGUCCAACUUGUCCCUGCUGACGGGCUGUCGAGCUAGCUACUACUCCUGUUUGGUGGUUUAAUUGUUUAAUGUACAGUGUUAAAUACAAAUAAUUAAGCAUUAUUCCACUGACUUUAAUCUUUACCUACUGCAUUACCAGUGUUUGAUAUAAAACUACUGUUUAUUGUUGCAUGUGUAUCUGUCUACUCUUUCUAAUGCACCUCUGAAUGAUCUUUAUAGAUUGAUUUGUUUUUCAUUUAAAUCAAUGAAGGGAACUGCAGUGGGGCUCAGAGUCUUUGCUCACUGCUCACUGCUGUUUGUUUUCAUUAUUUAUAUAAAAAAAGACCAAGUUGAUACUACUUAUUUGGUACAUUAAUCUACUGUUUUGUAGAUGGAUGCACUGUUUUGAGAAUCUAUUCAUCAUCAAUGUAAUUUUUCAAGCAAAUAUUUGAUGGUUUCUGAUUCUUUUCGUAUAUUUUGGGGGUUUUGACUGAUUUAAUAAUUGGCAAAUUAGUCGAUACUGAAAAAUAAUUGUUAGUUGCAUUUUACAACGGAUACCAAUCACUCUAUGUAUUAGAGAAGUGCUGGUCUGAAAUGUAAUAAUAGGGUUAUUAGGUCAGAUUUUUCAUGUUCUCAUGCCAUAUUUCAUUCAAAUGUUAACAUAUUCAUGCUCCUGUUACACAUUGGGGGUUUGUUUCAUCAAAUGCUAGAUGAUCUGAUAUUGUGUGAUACCAGAUAUUAUAUAAAGUACUAUGGCCUUGUAGUAAACACAGAUAAAAGACCACCGACUAACUGCAGCCUUAUGGGACAAGUAGCAGUUUCCACACUCACCACAUGCCAGCAGUCAUGAAGCUAUCUGGGAGGUGAAAAGCAAAACAUUCUCGUAACAGGACAGAAGUGCUGGAAUAAUGUGGAUCUUUAGAUUUAACACAUAUAGAACCAUAUUUGCAGUUCAAUGGCCAUACUAAAUGUUAUGUUUUUACUUCAGAAACAGGUUUUGGUAACCUAUGACACAAGAGUUUUUAGUAGCUGACUCAUUAACCCUACUGUUAGGGCUGCACGAUAUGGUGGAAAUAAUCAUAUUGCGAUUAUUUUGACAGGUAUUGCGAUAUGAUUCCCGAUUAGUGUGGGAAUGAUCAUUUUUGCAUCACAAAUGAAAUUUUUUAUGAGAAAAACUUCCAAAAUCAGGACGGUGGGAAAUGUUUGUGGUCUGUACCAAAUAAGAUUUGUAGGCCGGAGCAUCUCUUCAGAACUACAGUGCUUCAUUAUAAUGCUGUCGUGGCACAUAUUUGUUCUUUAUCCAAAAACAAACUGCAGCUUCUGUGUUUUGGAUAUUGCACUUUCGACAAUAUUUCGAUUAAUUGUGCAGCCCUACCUGCUGUAUGUGAUCUCAGUGCAAUUUCUCAUUUAAUGUAUAAAUGAAGAAAUCUGUUAUUUUUUAUUUGAGGUGUAUUGUUUUACAAUAAUGUACUGUAUGAUAUAUAUUAUAUAUAUUACCCUUAAUUCAAACACAGUUUAUAAACAGCUUAAUAAAAACAAUUCCACUUGG